CUUUAUAUAAAAGCGGCUGGAGCAACGCUGCCCGCCAGACCCCGCCGCUCGGAUCUCAGCGCUUCCUGCAGCCCCACGUGACCACACCGUCCCCUAGCUCCGCGGCUGAGCCGGUUCGCUAUGCUUCUCUUCGGGGCCCUUUUCCUCGCGCUGCUGGCAGGCGCUCACGCGGAGCUCCCGGGCUGCAAGAUCCGUGUCACCUCCAAAGCGCUGGAGCUGGUGAAGCAGGAGGGACUGCGCUUUCUGGAGCAGGAGCUGGAGACCAUCAGCAUCCCCGACCUGCGCGGCCGAGAGGGCCAGUUCUACUACAACAUCUCCGAGGUGAAGGUUAUGGAGCUGCAGCUGACGUCCUCGGAGCUCCAUUUCCUGCCGGAGCAGGAACUGAUGCUGCAAAUCACCAAUGCGUCGCUGGGACUUCGCUUCCGGAGACAGCUCCUCUACUGGUUCUUUUAUGAUGGAGGCUACAUCAAUGCCUCGGCCGAGGGUGUGUCCAUCCGCACUGGUCUCCAGCUCUCCCGGGAUGCCACUGGCCGGAUGAAGGUGUCCAAUGUCUCCUGCCAGGCCUCUGUCUCGAGAAUGCAUGCAGCCUUCGGGGGAACCUUCAAGAAGGUGUACCAGUUUCUCUCCACCUUCAUCACCUCGGGGAUGCGCUUCCUCCUGAACCAGCAGAUCUGUCCCGUGCUCCACCACGCAGGGAUGGUCCUGCUCAACUCACUCCUGGACACCGUGCCUGUGCGCAGUCCUGUGGACGACCUCGUGGGCAUUGACUACUCCCUCCUGAAGGAUCCCGUGGCUUCUCCCAGCAAUCUGGACAUGGACUUCCGGGGGGCCUUCUUUCCCCUGGCAGAGGCAAACUGGAGCCUCCCCAACGGGGCGGUGGAGCCCCAGCUGCAGGAGGAGGAGCGGAUGGUGUACGUGGCCUUCUCUGAGUUCUUCUUCGACUCUGCCAUGGAGAGCUACUUCCGGGCAGGGUCCCUGAAGCUGUCACUGGUGGGGGACAAGGUACCCCAUGAUCUGGACAUGCUGUUGAGGGCCUCCUACUUGGGGAGCAUCGUCUUGCUGAACCCUGCAGUGAUCGACUCUCCGCUGAAGCUGGAGCUGCGGGUCACGGCCCCACCGCGCUGCACCAUCAAGCCCUCAGGCACCACCAUCUCUGUCACUGCCGGCGUCACAAUUGCCCUGGUCCCGCCAGACCAGCCUGAGGUCCAGCUGUCCAGCAUGAUCAUGGAUGCCCGUCUCAGCGCCAAGAUGACACUGCGGGGGAAGGCGCUGCGCACACAGCUGGACCUGCGUAGGUUCCGAAUCUACUCAAACCAGUCUGCAUUCGAGUCGCUGGCACUGAUCCCGCUGCAGACCCCGCUGAAGGCCAUGCUGCAGAUUGGUGUGAUGCCCAUGCUCAACGAACGGAUGUGGCGUGGGGUGCAGAUCCCACUACCCGAGGGCAUUGACUUUGUGCGUGAGGUGGUGAUGAAUAAUGCGGGCUUCAUCACGAUUGGGGCUGACCUCCACUUUGCCAAAGGCCUGCGAGAAGUGAUUGAGAAGAACCGGCCUGUGGACACCAGGGAUCCCCAGGCACCUAGUGCCCCUCCACCCUUGACAGCAGCUGUCUGAGCCCUUAUCCCCACCCUGGCAGCUGCCACUUGGGACUCCAGCCUCUCAGCCCUGCCCUCUCCCCUCCACAGCCUGUAGUGUUACUUUUAACCCCCAGUGCCACAGAGAAGCCGGGGCGUGAAGCUGUACUCAGUUUAAUUCCAUAAUCAAUUCCAAUCCGUCCAGCCCUUCCUGUGGGCUGUCCUGAGCUCCACCGGGCUCCUCGGGUGGGAUCAGUGUGUGGAUAAAGGCAUUCUUUAAGCAGGGAGGGUCCAGGCUACCUUUCAGGAACUGCUGUGGGAAUAAAGUGCUAACUUGC